UCUGGUCCAACCUUGUUAUAACUUCAUUAAAUUUUUCCUCUACCCUUGGUGCUUGUGGAAGUGCGUCGUACUGUACAAUAUUUCCUUAAAAAAGUUAACAAAAUACGCUAGAGCACUACAAUACUACGAUUAUUUAAAAGUUCUACUCACGUGCUAAAACAGGUUAAUUGUGAUAGCAUUUAUUUUCGCGGCUAGCUGUUGUAUUACAUAAAAUCAGUCACGCUGGAUAAGAUGGCGCGUUACCGUGAGUGGGACCUGCAGUGCAAGGUUUACGUGGGCAAUUUGGGAUCGUCGGCGUCGAAGCACGAGAUCGAGAGUGCGUUCGGCAAGUACGGUCCGUUGAGAAAUGUUUGGGUAGCACGCAAUCCUCCCGGUUUCGCCUUCGUGGAGUUCGAGGAUAAGCGAGACGCUGAAGAUGCAGUUCGCUCACUGGACGGAACGCGGUGUUGCGGAACUCGCAUUCGGGUAGAGAUGUCCUCUGGCAGAUCACGACGUGAUGAGCGUACGCGUCGACCCCGCCGUUCGUACAGGGCAAACUCUUCUAUGAUACUACUCCACGACAGCGACUUCCGCCACAGAACAUCAUCUUGUCCAAAUUUUGCUAGUAGCGCUACUAGUGUUAAGUCUACUACCGCAACCACCACCACCACCACCAUCAAUUCCACCAAUUUUACCACCACCAUCACAACUACCACCACCAAAAAUACAACCACUACUACUACUACUACUACUACUACUACUUCCACCAACACCACCAAUACUUCUACUGCGAGCCUGAGCUCCUGCCGGUGCGGCUCGAUCUCUUCUAGUCCCGAUCAUUCGUCUUCCGGCGACUACUACUACUACCACUACUACUACUGCUGCUACUACUACUACUGCUGCUGCUACGGGCAUGCGUACGUGCUUCUACCUCUACUUCCGCAAGCGCCCAUCGCGACAGCAUUAUUGGCAGCAGUAGCAGCGACAGCACUGUGCUUCCUCUUGCGAUGGGCUUCAGCAACGGCAGCAGCGGCCCUUCAAUACGACGGCCUCGAGAACUGCAGUUUGCUUCCCCUACUACUACCACCAAUGUCACUGCUACAGCUACUACUACUACUACUACUACUGCUACUACAGCUACUUCAUCAUCUUCCUCCACACCCUCUCCAUCGGCUGGGUAGUAGCAGCGAUCGCCUCAGCAGCACCACAUGUAAUCUUCGACGCGAUUCAGCGCCCUGCACCGCCGGGUGGUGCCUUCACCCACUGCCAUCAUCUCGCCCCCCGUGAACACAGUUGGUUCCAACUGGAUGAGAUCAAAUGCCAUUUGAGUGGAGCUGUGUAGCUCAGCUCACACGUGUUACGUCUUUGCAGACAACCGAGCGACCAGUUGGUGUUUGCUUUUCCAUCAACUGGCUGCGUGAUACGCUGGUCAUGUUCAAAUUCAUGCUCUAGCAGAAAAGAGACAGCAGUAGCGGGAACCUAGCUUCCCUCUAGAGUUCUUGUCAACACACACAUACACGGGUCAUGCAAAGUCCUGUUCAGAUCAUGGUCCUUGAUGCGGUUCAGAGUGCUCAAGAGGUGUCAUCAGUCUGCAAUACUACACACAUGUACCGCAAACGGUCUUCCUGUGACUAUCCCUCCGGUGCCAAAGGCUGUACCAGCUUUUCCGCGAAGUUUGGCGACAAAGCCAUCGUGAAGGGGCAUCGCUGCCCCAUCUAGUCAGCCAGCCACGCGAUCGUGCCACCCUUGUAACAUUUCCAUCUCCAUCUGGGGUGUAAUGGCCAUCCCAUAUGCUCGGGGAUUGUCACACCUCGGACGCCGUGUUUUGUUUUUCUUUUCUUUUUUUCUGUAUCUCUUUCCCAGCGAGAUCCUUCAAGUUCGUUUGAGUGGCCUGUCCACUCUGUACACAUGUUUUUGCGCUCUCUGUGUGGUGCGCUUGCCGAACCGUGUCCAUCAUCCGCGAACACACAUCCUUGUCAUCAUCAUCUCCUUCGGCUUCGCGCGCUCUUGUAGGGGCUUCUACGUGAUCCUUUGCACCUGCCAACUAUAUAUCAUCACUGACCAUUCUUCACCAACCUUUACCUACCAAGCGUAUUCUGCUGCUACUACUAUCUACUUCUAUUACUACAACUACUGCCAUUGCUGCUGCCACUACUACUACCACUACUACUACCCACAACUGCUACUAGUGCUGCACCAUCAUCGUCAUCGAUUGGGCAUCCUUUUGAGCAAUAAUAGAACACCAUCAAGUGGUGUGUUCUGUGAGCCGCACCAUCUGCUGCCCCUUCUCAACAGCUUCUUCACGGCAACAUAAAGUACUUCUGGUGCUGCUGCUGCUUCCUUCUGCGCUUCUGUCAUCACCAUUUUCUUCGGUGCUGUUUGUAUGAUGUGCUGACGGUAUUCAUAAUGAUGAAAUACACCACAUCUGGGCAGAUCUUCCUUGACGCUCUUGGGAUGCUAUCCCACCUCUCCCGAUCGCUUCUUGACCCAUCCGGGCACGCCCAUCCUUAACAAGAUCGACUUUGCGCAUCGCUCGCGGUGAUCCCUGCGGGACGUUACAGUUGGUGCAGUUUAGUGCAAUUGUGUUGUGUUGGUAGCAACCCAAAACAUAAUCCCACUCCGUGCUAGCGCUCUCAGCUAUGCCAACAGUAAGCAAGCAAAACACCGCAACUGUAAGUGAGAAUCCGAUUCAUUCCCUCUUUUUUUAUCCCCCAAAACAAACAUUGUGCGUAAAUAAUGUAUCUUUAGCUCCUAGCGGAAGCGCCAUCGCUGCUAGCCUUUUCAAGCUCUUCCUUUCGACAUCACCACAAACAACCAAUUCACGACCAUGUCUCUUUCACCAUCACCUUUCAUCAUGAACACCGUUGACUACUACUACUACUACUACCCGUACACCUAAGCGCUGUUACCGACCUACACAUCAUCUCCAUCAUCAUCUUGCCAGUUCGUGUGCCACGUAACAGCAACGACCCGCGUAAAGCUUAAGUGCGCGUUCCGAACAACCGCUCCAAACGUCUUGCCCUUACGUUCUUGCCGGUGACGAUCGUCAAACGAAAGUGAGAAGACAAACGAAACCACCCUCUCUACCCUCUCAUCCCAACGCACAAGAAAACUGGCCAUCUCUUCGCAAAACUCCUGCGUGCGCGCUUGUGUGGCAUCUCUACCAUCUUUAGAGCCCCUUCGAACAGACUUCGCCUCUUCUACUGCAAGAAGUGCUGCACCACAGCCGGGGGGAACCGCUGAAGAUCGCGCAUACAAUCUCACCAUCAAUUGUUGAAUUGGAUCGAACGAAUCUAAAAAUCAAAGCUUCUUCCUUCACCACCACCACCACCACCACCACGACCACACCAACCACCACCAAAUCACAUCCACCAUAUCAAAAAUGCUCCACAACGCGUGUGUGCGCUCGCUUUCUCUUCUCAUCUCUUCUUCCGUUACCGGAAAAGGUAGGAUGUGUAUGUAUGAUUUUUUUGUUCUUUUUUAACGCUUUUUCUUAUUCAAUCACACAUUAUUUUGGCACCGUGUCGCAGCAAUGCAACGGGUUGCAUAUGUUUUUUUUUCUUCUUCAUUAAUUUCUCUAUUUUAGUUAUCGACCUUUCUGGUGUACUACGUAUUUUGUGUGCGUACAAAAAAUAGUAAACAAUGUUUUGUGUUUGUCUCUUAAACUUAUAGCUACUUAGUAUUUCUAUCGUUUAAAUGUUUUUUUUUCUUGAAAGAUAAGCGUCAUUGGUGUGUUCCGUUGUCAUGUCCAAUUAACUCUUCUUUUUUGUUUGUAGCUGCGUUCAGUUUCCGUACACACACAUAUAUAGAGCUUUUUUUUAUUGGUUUUAAGCUUUGGUUCACCGUACAAAUAUUAAUCACAGGCAGAUCGAUCUUGCUCAACUAUUCAACCUAUCCUCGUCCUCGUCAAGACAACCAUCUUCAUAACACACCAGUGCCGGUUCCCGUCUAUUGAUAUGCUAUUUAGCUAAAGGCACCCAUGCUAAGGAACAGCAUCGCUGACUAUCGACGUGGGGGUGAUAUCUACGGGUGGAAUCAACAAUUCACCGAUAGUUAGCCAGUACGCACAACGCAGUCGGGAAGGGUUUAAUACAAACAUAAUAACUUUUAUUUCGUCUAGAAGAAGAAAAUCGCUUCUAGAUUCUAUUCGAUGUUGUAGAUCGUAUUUUGUAUAAACUCAAUUGUUUCUGAAACACAAACCAUGUUCGGGUGCGCAACUAAGAUGCUACGAACUUGGUAAUUCAUUGGGAGCGGUUCUCGGAUUCUACAAAUUCCAUCCGGACCGUUCUUCUGUACGCAGUACUGGCUAUCGUGCUAUGUUAUUUGGGAUUCUUAAUGGCCACACGUUACAAACGUCCUGGAAUCAUUUUCUUUUCCUGAUAGCUAACUAGUUACGAAGAUUACUCCUUCAACUUAGUAGAGGUAAAGUUUUUUUUUGGGAUGAGGGUGUGUGGCUUACAUUUGUUCCUACUGUGCAUGGUGGAGUGGUUUUGCUAGAAAAAAAAACUGCAGCUUAUUUCUGUUGCUGUGCCUAGUUCGUGGAUGCUCUUAUGUUUUAAAAAAGAUGGCGCUACAAGAAAUAAUACUAGGUAAAUGAUGAGAGAUAUUUAGUAAAAUUAAGACUUCGGUGCGGUUUCCUCGAACACAAUGAUAACGGGCUUAAAGUGCAUCAGAAAUUACAAGAUCAAGUCAUUGCUACAAAAACUCAACGCGUUCUGCAGAAAGAGUUUGCUGUGCCAACCAAAUAUACUAAGUUGUUUGUUUGCGAGUAGCUCGUUCUGUACGUUAGUAAUUCCGGUUUUCAUAAAACUUAAUUCUACCGUAUCUAAUCUUAGCCGUUACAGUUGCAAAACCAAAUAGUGCAAAUUUAGCCGAUCUUACCAAACAUAUAUUGUGCUGCUUCAUAUACCAUCUUUAUCCAAUUCGAAUAAGUCUAGUUGGAACCGCCAAUAAUUUCCGUCUGUUCUCGAACAUCUCGAACCGUUCCACUUUCUUCUCCCCCCCCCACACAACAUCCUCCACCGUCCUUUCCGGCUUCAUUUUCUUCUACUCUUUCUAUUCAGAUCUCGAUCACCGCGUCGUUCCAGAUCACGUAGCCG